GUGCACAGUUACAUCAUAUUAGCUGCAAUGUUUGUUUUUUUCAAACCAAGCAAUUAUGAACAACAACAAAAUGUACAAAGGUAUGAGAAAGCUUGUCUGGAAUUUAAAAAGCCUCUGCAUUGAAGCCGUGAACAGGCAGGACAUACGAGCCGAAGAGUUUGCAGAAAUCUGAGCUGAAAAAUGACGAAUAUUCGACUUUUGAAGAAAUUUCUGCGUCCUUCCGCUCGACUUCAACAUGUCAGAUGUGCUAGCUCUAUGUUAAAGAACUAUGACUUCCAAACAUAUGUUGCUGUUAAUGAACCUAUGAACACCUAUGGACCUGACACGAAGGAAAGACAACAGCUUCAGGAGACCCUUGAUAGAUGGAAGAAUAAAACAGCCGACAUUCCCAUAGUUAUAGGAGAUGAAGAGUUUCGAACUAAUGAUGUCCGGUACCAAGUGAUGCCAUUUGAUCAUCAGAAGAAAAUAGCCAAAUUUUAUUAUGCAACUCCAGAAAUUGUUCAGAAGGCGAUAGACAGCUCUAUGAAGGCCAGAAAACAGUGGGAGAGAACGCCACUGGAGAAAAGGGCCGAGGUCUUCAUGACUGCCGCAGAAAUGAUUAGCAAACAAUACAGGAUGGAUGUCAUGGCAGCUACCAUGUUAGGCCAAGGAAAGAAUAUAUGGGAAGCAGAGAUAGAUGCAGCAGCAGAGCUCAUUGAUUUCCUGAGAUUCAACUGUCAAUAUGCCAAAGAUAUGACAGCAUACCAGCCUCUUAGUCCUGAACAAACAAUCACAAAUUCUGCUGUCUAUCGAGGUUGUGAGGGCUUCUGGGCUGCUAUCACACCUUUCAACUUUACAGCAAUCGGAGGCCAUCUGUGUUCUGCUCCAGCCAUGAUGGGAAACGUUUGCUUGUGGAAACCUUCCGACACCGCCAUGCUGUCUAACUACACUGUGUACAAAAUCUACAGGGAGGCGGGUCUUCCCCCCGGUGUCAUUAACUUCAUCCCAGCAGAUGGGCCAGUGUUUGGUGAUGUCAUUACAAAAUCACCUCAUUUAGCGGGCAUAAAUUUCACCGGCAGUGUUAGAACAUUUAAGACUUUAUGGAAACUAGUCUCCCAGAACUUGGACAACUACGUCUCAUAUCCAAAAUUGAUAGGAGAAUGUGGAGGGAAAAAUUUUCAUUUCGUCCACAAAUCAGCUGACAUUACAUCAGUAGUUGUCGGCACAAUAAGAUCUGCCUUUGAAUUUGGUGGACAGAAAUGUUCUGCGUGCUCUCGGAUGUAUAUUCCACAGUCCAUGUGGCCUGAGGUGAAGCAGAAAUUGGUAGAUAUUCACAAAGAUAUCAAAGUGGGGUCAGCGUUGGACAAUAAGGUCCUCUUGUCAGCUGUUAUUGAUGAUAAGGCAUUUAAAAGAAUCAAGUCAUACAUAGACAAUGCAAAGAACUCCUCCAAUUUGUCUGUUGUUGCUGGUGGAAAUUGUGAUGACAGCCAAGGCUAUUUUGUAGAACCCACCAUUCUUGAGACCAAGGAUCCUCAGGAUGUUAUCAUGCAGGAGGAAAUCUUUGGCCCGGUGUUGACGGUGUAUCCGUACCCUGAUGAUGAAUACCUGAAAUACGCAGAGGUCGCCUCUAAGACCUCACCUUUUGCCCUGACAGGAGCGCUGUUCGUGAAAGACCCGAAAGCUCGAGAGGAGUUGGUGGAUACUUUUAAAGAUCUGGCAGGAAACUUCUACAUCAAUGACAAAUCAACAGGAUCUGUAGUGGGUCAACAACCAUUCGGUGGAGCACGAAUGUCAGGAACGAAUGACAAAGCAGGGGGCCCUCACUACCUCAUGAAGUUUGUGUCAGUCCAAUGUGUGAAAGAAACCAAAGCACCCCUUACUAAAUGGGUUUUACCCUCCAUGCAGUAGAUAAGAAUUGUAAAUGUGGUAUUAGAACGAUAUAAUGGUUCACCGAAGACAUUCAUUAGAAUAAAGCAUUAUAUUUAAUACUGGUAUAUCAGUAUACAUUAUUUCAAAUGUUGUAUCAUUAGAGAAUGUUUUUAUGCAGAUAGAUUUCAAAUCAAAACUGAAUUUAGUGCUCAAAAAUAGAAAGGGUUGACCAAACUAGUGUAGAACAAAAUCCAUGGAGGCAUAAUCUCAUUUUUACUUUGUGACAAACUGAUGUGAAAUGGUGGAUAGUGUCUUCAGCUGAUUUCUGUGUUAUGAACAAAACAAAAUUUUUUGUUUAAAGAGACACUACAGCUCAUUUUCCACAUUUUAAUAAAGUGUUUUUAAAACCAUGUAUUGAUAAAAUGAUAAAUUUCAUAUCGAUACUGACAAUUUUGAACAAUUGGGAUGCAUCAAUUUACUCUCAACUGCGCUUUGAAGAUCGUUCGGAAUUCAAAGGUUUCUUCAUGCUGACUCGGACUUUUGAAUGCGUAUUUACAUCACGUGGUUUUGAAUGACAGCAAAGGUGUUCUGUAGGAAAUUAUUUAAAUUCCCCUUCAAGGGGGUCCACACUCACCUUUCAAGUAUAAGAUUAUUCCCUGCUCCUUAUAAUAAGUAAUUAUAAAUCAUUAUUUCAACAGAAACCUUCCAUGUUCCCACUGACCGAUGUUUUUACAACUAACACGUGUUGUGUUCAGAUAAAAAUAGCACUUACUUUUAAACGUGGUGUCUUCGCAGCUAGUCUCAAUGGCAGAUUUAGGGGGCCAGGAUCCCCCUCCCUUUUUACCCCACAGAUUGUGAAUGAAAAUCCAAAUUUUGCACCAGAAUGGCCGAUUACUUUGGCUAAUCUUUGACUUUCACACCCCUCUUCGGAAAUCCUAGAUCCGCCACUGAGUUACAUGUGUUUCUCCGAGCUCUUUGUUUUCCAACGGUCAAACUGAUACCAAGGUAAAUUUUAUUUCACGUAUGAGUUUUAUCUCAUUCUAAUUUUACCUCUUUUCUCACAGAAUCUGUCAAAAUUCUAGAUCUAUCAACUACACUUUCUCUCUCUGGACGACAUGCUGCACUGUUUACUGUCUAUGCGCAUGCGUCUGAAGAUUGAAAGGAGGAGACUCGAUAUUUUGUGUAUAGGCCAUCAAAAAGUAUUAAUUUUUACGUUAAAACGAUAAUUUUUAACUUUAGAUAAGUGUUAUUUUCGCAAAGUUCAUACUUUCAACAAUGCAACAAAAAUUGAGAAAGCGCUGGGAAAAUUGUCAUUUCAUGAUUUUUGCGCAAAAUGAGCUGUAGUGUCUCUUUAAUGUACAGUCUAUAGUGGAGUAAUCAACAUGUUGCAGCUAUAUUUUUUAUUUUCUAUGUCUUUUAAAGAUCAAUAAUGUUUGCUAAAGAAAGCUGUGAGUUCUUUUUGUUUUAAGAUUUUAUUGUUUUAUUAUUGUUUUGUUUCUUUCUAAACAUUUGUUAGUGCAUACAUGUGUAACAUGUAAAAUAUUGCAGAUUGAUGAAAAUAGAUCUUCCAGGUUUGCCAUAGUAUGGACUAGUAAGUCCACCAACUAUAUACAUUUAUUGAAAGUGCUGUUUUAAAUUUUUUUUUCACAAUAUAUGCAUAGGAAGUAUUGUUGUCAAAAAAAUAUUUUGUGAAUUUUUCUUACUGAUGGUGCAUAACCGUUACUGUUAUUGGGGGAUUGUGUAGGAUGUUUGUAUUAUGGGGACAGUUAUAUGGGGUCAUUUGUGUCAUCAUAAAUUACCUCCUGUUUCAGAAUCCAUCGUUUUUUAAAUAGCAUGCCCCCCCCCCCCCCCCUAAUCCAAACGGCCUAGACCUGUAUUCCAGAUAUUUAUGUUUUGUAGAAUGUAUAACUUUCCAUACAAAGGAAGUCUAUUUGUGAUAAAAGCAUGGUUCCUAUAUGAGAGUAUAUAAAUAUUGAGCUAGCAAAAGAUUGUUAUCAAUAAAAUAUUGGUGAUUGUAAAUGUAUGCAUUCGAAAUUUUUACUAAUUUUCUUGAUUUGAACAAAAACAAAGAAUGGUCAUUGAUCAAUAAUUUACUGCUUUGUAUUUAAUGAAGGAUUUGAAAUCAUGUCUAUCUCCUUAUCACAAAACUAUGACAAUAAGAUGUCCCGCAUGAAAAUUAGUGGGUUUGUUAUAAAAUUUUUAAUAAGGAUUUCCAAUAUGAUGUGGCUUGGACUUGUAUUGAAAGAUACUGCGAAACAGGUAUGACUGUCAUAAAUUUGUUUUAUUCUCUGUUUUAUAUUAAACAGUUGCAUUUAAUCAGACACAUCAUUAUAUAUAUAUAUAUAUAUAUAUAUAUAUAACGUUAACAGAAGUCAUGUACUCAAAAUAUUUUAUGAGCAAUCACAUGUACAGCUAUGCUGAUAAAUGUUUGUAAUACUAGUAUAACUGACAAGCAUUAUGAUUUCUUUUCAAUUCUUGAAAAUUUCAUUUGAAUCAAGUAAACUAUGUUUGAUGUAUCGGGCUAUCUGUUGGGAAAAGAAAAUUACUUCAGCAUUUGGGGGGGGGGGGGGGGGGGGGCUACCUUUGGUUAUACAUCGUAGUUUUUCAUGUGAACAAUGUUUCAUAUACUAUGUACAUGUGCAUUUUUUCCUUUUUAUUUUAAACCUUUAUAACACACCUGUAUUAUAUAUGUUAAUUUAACUAGAUAGUUCUUUAUCAAAAUUCUGAUAUCUUGAAAUCCCAAGUACAUGACAAAAGCUCUCUUUUGCAACAGCAAAUGUGGUGAUUGUUUUGGUAUGAGAUUAUUUUGUUUUGUUUUUUCUUGCACAUAAAAAAUGCAUGUACCAGGCAGAUGAUAUUUGAAUGUAAAGUUAUUAUAAAUCAGUGAGAUUAAUGUUGCUAGAGGUAUGUUUCAAAGCAAUAAAUUCUGAAAUAUUGAGUUCCA